GGCGGCCGAUCACAAGGAGGGAAUAAUCUGAUUACUGGAACGGGGGAAAAUAUGAAAAUCCAUUACGUUCCUUGUUUAGAAGACAACUACUCUUACUUGAUUAUUGAUGAGAGCACCAAGGAAGCGGCGGUGGUGGAUCCUGUAGAACCCGAGAAGGUUGUCGGCGUUGCUCAGCAACAUGGAGUUCUUCUCAAGCUUGUCCUCACCACUCACCACCACUGGGAUCAUGCUGGCGGAAAUGAGAAACUGAAGCAAUUGGUUCCUGGGAUUAAGGUGUAUGGCGGUUCUAAAGACAACGUAAAGGGAUGCACAGACAGUGUAGAAAAUGGUGAUAAGAUUUCACUUGGAGCUGAUGUUAAUAUAUUGUCGCUUCACACACCUUGCCACACUAAAGGUCAUGUAAGUUAUUAUGUGACUAGCAAAGAGGGAGAGGAUCCAGCUGUUUUCACUGGAGACACUCUGUUCGUUGCUGGUUGUGGGAAAUUUUUUGAAGGAACAGCUGAGCAGAUGCAUCAGUCUCUAUGUGUGACUCUAGCUUCAUUGCCAAAGCCAACCCGAGUUUACUGUGGCCAUGAGUAUACAGUGAAGAACUUGCAGUUUGCUCUUACAGUCGAACCAGAUAAUGCGAGGAUACAGCAAAAGCUAUCGUGGGCACAACAGCAGCGGCAAGCGGGCCUCCCCACAAUUCCAUCGACCAUCGAGGAGGAGCUGGAGACAAAUCCAUUUAUGCGAGUUGAUCUACCCGAUAUUCAGAAGAAAGUCGGAUGCCACUCUGCUGUCGAAGCCAUCCGGGAGAUUAGACGGCUGAAAGACAAUUGGAGGGGCUAAUGACCACCCGGAUAAAUGCUCUGUUGCUUUGUCUUCGAAAACCAGGAAGCGGGUUUUAUAAAUCUUAUGCAAAAUCUAAUGCACCUUUUUCUUACUUUCAUGGAUUUGUGGAAGUAGUGUCCUUUUGUGUCAUGUAUGAGAGUGUGAGGAGUGGAAUGUUCCUGGGAACGCGCUUUUUGGCGUGCAGAAACUUAACGUGAAACAAAUGUCUAUGUCCUUCAAUGCUCGGAAAUUGUUGGCUCCCCUCUUGUUUGCUCUGGACAA